UCUCUCAGGGUCCAGGAGGAAAGCAGUCACGCGGAGGUCCUGAACGGCGCACACGCGCAAUGGGAAUUCUUGCCACUUCAAUUACAAACGACUCUACCAUCAGACCAGCAGGAUUUUAUAUUAUCGGAUUUAACUAUUUUAGGUUUACCGAUUUAUAUUUAAUUUUCCUCGCCGUCGUUUAUAUUGUAACGGUUUUGUCCAACGCAUUUAUCCUUUCAAUAAUAUGGAUAGACAAUCGCCUACACACUCAAAUAUAUUGCUGUGGGUAAUUUGGCGAUCAUCGACUUGCUGUUCAGUACAACCCUUGUUCCUAGUAUGAUCAAGGUGUUUCUCGCGAAAGAUAACUAUUUCUACAACGCAUGCUUGACACAGACGUUUUUUUAUUACUGCUUUUUCUCAUUAGAGUCGUUUUCCCUCAGUGUACUUGCCUAUGACAGGUUAAUUGCGAUUUGUUUCCCACUGAGACAGAGCUCUAUCAACACAAUCACUGUCAUGAUCAGUAUUUUAGUGAUUGUUUGGUCAUUUUGUGUAAGUGUUGUUCUGUUUUCGGUCAUGAUCCUAACCAGGCUAUCUUUCUGUAAUUCGGUCAUUAUUUACAGCUACUUUUGUGACUACGCGCCCGUGUUCAGACUGUCGUGCAAUGAUAACAGAUUGCAGUGGGCCACUGCCUCUUCUCUGAGUUUAAUGGUUCUGUUUGGGUCUCUUGGUUUAAUAAUUAUGUCUUACGCUUGUAUUUUGACAGCCGUGUUCAGAAUGAAAAGCGUGGAAAGCAGGUACAAGGCACUUGCAACCUGCACAGAACAUCUCGUUCUAGUGGCGAUUUUCUAUGUGCCGAUCAUGACGGUGUUCAUCAUUGAACUUUUCUUUGAACUUUUCAAACUAGAUAUGGACGUCACUGUGGUGAUCAUGUCGUUGGCCUCGUGCAUCCCGCCCUGUCUGAACCCCAUUGUGUAUUCCCUUUCCACCAAAGAAAUCAAGAACAGAAUAUUGGCUAUGCUCCAGAAAGCCAAGGUAGCAGCAUGGACAGGGCAGGCGUAAACCCAAAGAUUGCACGAAAUUUAUGUUUUCAAAUAAAUAACGCGGAUUGAUUCACUUUCUGGGAUAUUUAAGUUACAGUUUUUGCAUCUACUUUUAGCCCAGACGGUUUAAUAUGCAAUGAAGGUUAUUGCAGAUGUUUGACAGUUUCUGGUGGUCUGCCUAAUCUGUUUAUAUGUGCAGCUGUUGGAAACCUCUCUCUGGACAAACUGUUUUGGAGUUACUAAAGGUUGUUUUUGACCACAAACCCCCAAAUGUAUUUAAACCAGCCAAUCCAUAUGAAAAAUACAGUAGAGGUCUUUUAUUGUCAACAUAGUAAGUUUUCAUACCUUCCUUAUAUAAUUAUAGUAAUAUGUGUUUUCCAUAUUUUGUUCACAGGAAGUUAUGCUGCAUUUGACACGUGUUUUCUUUUAUGAUUAUAACCAUUUCUUUGUGAAAAACAAACAUGAAUUUUAUAGGUGAUAACUGAGCAUAGAUGACCAUUGUAUUUAGUACUGUAUAUGCAUUACAAUGAAACUAUACAUUACAGCAAAUGGAUUUAGAACCCAUCUCAAUUAGUUCUCUUACUUUUUAUUAUUAUUUAUUUUAUUUUUUUACAGUAGAUUAAUGUAUUAUUCUGAACAAGGCCAUACAGUAUAUGAUUUUUCUACUCGGUCUACAGUAUCCUAAUAUUAUCAUAAGGUAAAUUUUAUAUAGCAUAAGUGUGCUAUAAAUAUGAAACUUGAAUGUGUGCUAUGCAAUUCUUGCAUGUUUUUUUUUUCAUUAUCCUUAUAUUGGGUGCCUAAAUUCACUGGAUUUCUCACAGAUCAAAUCAUACAGCUACAAAAUUAUGUUUCAGGAAAAAUGUUUCAAAAUAAUGUUUCUAAUUAUAUCAGUUUCUAAUGACAGGAAACGUAGCGCAGGUUGGGGUCCAUAUCCACUUUUUUAAAAAGUGUGACAUGACAUGGAAUGUCCCUGAAUAUUCAGGAAUAAUGAACAAGUAAUGAAUUACUGAUGUACUCAUGUAUUUUGUUACGUAUGGAUACACAAAUAAAUAUCCUUAUUGAUUG